AUGGCACAGUUUGACAAAGAGUCGGCAUGUGGAAAAAAGAAGAGAUAUGAAAAAACCUUGAAGGAUCUCAAGAAGGUUAAUGACAUGAAAGAUGUUUUCGAUGGCCAAAUUGAUGAGGAACAAUAUGAGUCGAAAAACAAUCUUGACGAGGCACAUCACAUCAGUAAAUUUUGGAACGUGGUUUUCGGCGCUGGGAUUGCUCUUGUUGUCGUUGUAUCACUAGUUGUCAUGGCUGUUGCAGUGGGUGUGUCUGCACCCUUUGCGGUUCUAGCAGCACCAUUUCUUGCGUUGGGAAGGGUAGGAGUCCAUCAUUCUUUGGAGAAAAAGGUUAAUGAUCUGAAGAAACAUGAGGAAGAUGGCAAGAAACAGGAAGGUAUAACAGAUUCGACGGACAAGGGUAUGGAAAGCAACAAAGAAGCAUUGAACACUAUAUAG